UGACGUCACACGUUGCUGGGGCAACGCGACGCUUUCUCGUGUGGCGGAAAACGUAAACAGUCAUAAAAAUGACGCUGGAAGAAGCUCAAACCGAGGAAAAACAGGAAGAGGUUUUACUUCCCAAUACCAACAUUGUGACGCAUUGUGUUUACAAGAACGACGUUACAAGAUUUGUUAAAUGUUUUGAGGAUGACGAAGAUCAGUUCAAGGAGACCGUUUCAGACUUUUUGAACACACGCGAUGAAGAGGGAAAGUCGCCGUUAGAUGUCGCUGCCACGCUGGGGAGGAUUGACAUGACAAGGGAAUUAUUACAAAGAGGAGCUGACAUCAAUAAUGUGACAACAAAAGGCUACUGUCCACUACAUCAUGCUGCGGCAUGGGGGAGGAUCGCUGUGCUGAAGGUAUUGGUGGAGUUCAGUGCAAACCUACAGCAGCGCAAUGCUCACGGAGAGCGAGCCCGCGAGACGGCACUCCGGUACAACAACUCCGAGUGUGUGGAUUACUUGGACUGGGCAGAGGCCAGGGUGCAGCUGGUGGACACCAUCAAAUCGAUCCAGGAAACUGUCACCGACCCUGAGAAGAUUCAAGGCAAAAUCUCAAAGGAUGAGAAGAACCUGGCUGUCAACUCCUGCAAGGAGAAGAACGAGUGGGUGGAAGGGACGCCUGAUGCCACCACACAUGACUUCAUUGUGCAGAAACAAACUCUCCAGGAGAUAGUGGCACCCAUUCUCCAGAAGAUUGCAGAACCUCGUCCAGAAAAAGACCAGGGGAAAGGACAGAAAAAAAGUAAAUAGACAAGAUUUCUCCUCAGAAAGGCUGAUGUCAUCCAUGUCUUCAACGCUACAUCUCCUCCCUGCCCAACCAGGAGGGUGGUCCACAUCCACUGUCAGACUCUCACUGAAAUCUGCAGUUGCUGAAAGGGUGUCACUAUGGCUGAAGGCGUUGUUGUUGGCACAGGUACUUCAGAUAUGUACCCCAGGUAUGUUUCUGUAUACAGAAAUGUACCCUAGCCGAAAUCAGAAUACAUAAAGGUACCAUAGAGUGAGUUCAUUGCACCACGGGCCUUAUUGUCCAAUGCGCCGAACUGGUUCCUUAAACGACACGCCCUGGAUGCCAAACCGCAGUAAUAUUUAUUCUCAGUAUUUUCUUACCAUAAAUCAGAUGCAUUCCAGUGUGCUAUCUAAAAAAGGAUCUAACACUCGAGUGCAUUACUCUAUUAUUCCACAAUGCACAGCACUGUCCAGCAUGCACUGUCAGGCGAACCAGAACUGCCACAUGAACCGGUUUUGAUUCGGGUUGAGGAAUAUCGGACUUGUCUGCCGUUUAGGGCACUGGUUACCUUUCCGUUUCUGAUUUUAGCAGUGGUACAAAUCUGUAGACAGAAAUGUAUGUGGGGUACAUACGUGUACUAUCCUUGCCAAUGACGACCCCUUUAGCGUCACUAUGCAUCAGUGCAUCAUGAGUUUAAAUGUGUCGAUACAAUACAUGAUAUUCCUACGGUACACAUGUAUCCAUUCAGGACUUCUUUCCAUAUUUGUUUUCAAUAAGUAUUAUUUAAUUUUUUUUCUAGAAUUUCAGAAAGAAAACCACCCAGCCUUGCAUUACGUCACCACUGAUCACAAAACAAAAUGUGUGAAUCUGAUUUCAAAAUACUGCUAGGAUGAGCCAAACAAAUCAAACACAAACUGGUUGAUAACAACAACCCCAUUGAUGACGUCGCAUUGAACGGAUUUCAAAUAUAAUGUCAUAAAUCAAAUACAUGUAUUACGAUACAUAUCAAGGGCAGAUCCAAUAUUUUUUCUCAGUCAACAUUACUGCAUUUGGUUUUCAAAAGUUUGGGGGCGGGGAAGAGAGGGGAGGUGUCCAGACCCCCUGGACCUCAUCUCAGGAUCCGCCUAUGCAUGUUAGUAGUAUCACAGCAUGUAUCGAUACAUCAGCUUACUGAUAGGUGUAUUGUAUCAACCCAAGUCGCUGAUUCGUCAAUAGUUCUCAGUGUUGUUGGACGUCGCUGCAAAGCCUGACGAUGUAGAACCUGUGUUGGUGUGACAUAUAGCAAGGCUGAAUAUUUUGUAUAUAAUGCUGUAAAUAUUAAGGUAUUCCCUCAAUUUGUACAUGUACAGAUCAUAUCUGAUGCUCCUUGAUAGUGGGAAAUAAAUGUUUGUAUGUCA